UCCACAUUUAUUUUCUUAAACAUUCUUCUAAUUCAAAAACUACACAGGAUUUAAUUUCCAGGGAAAGAAUGGCAAGUUUACUCAUCUUUGUAGGGCUUAUUGCUCUUUCCUCCUCAUUGGCUAUGGCUGCUGACCAUAGUCCUCUUCAAGAUUUCUGCGUUGCUGAAUCCAAUAGCCAAGUUGUUUUGAAUGGUCUGGCAUGUAAGAAAGCAAGCACGGUGGAAGCCACUGACUUCUCCUUCAGCGGACUUCACAUAGCAGGCAACACCAGCAAUGCUGUUGCGUCAAGGGUAACUCUGGUUUCGGCCACUCAAAUUCCCGGACUCAACACACUUGGAAUCUCUCUUGCCCGCAUCGACUAUGCACCAUGGGGCAUCAACCCACCUCACGCCCAUCCUCGUGCCACUGAAGUCCUCACCGUCAUUGAAGGCAGCCUUGAAGUUGGAUUCGUCACUUCCAAUCCUGACAAUCGUUUGAUCUCAAAGAUCCUGAACAAGGGUGAUGUCUUUGUCUUCCCUAUCGGCCUCGUACAUUACCAGAAAAAUGUAGGAAACGGUAAUGCAAUGGCUAUUGCUGGACUGAGCAGCCAAAAUCCAGGAGUCAUUACUAUCGCAAAUGCAGUGUUCGGUUCAAAGCCGGCUAUAUCAAGUGAUAUACUUGCCAGGGCUUUCCAGGUGGACAGGAGCAUCAUCACCAGGACCCAGGCUUUAUUUUAAUAAGUUUUAAUUAUUAUGUCAUGCACUGAAGAGAGUGGUCGUAAAACUGAGAGAUUACAGCUACGAUGUUAAUUUUUUAUAUCCUUGAAUUCUUUCAUAAUGUAUUACUAUUGUUCGGUUUCUUGAUUUAAUUAUUAAUGGAAGAAAUCUUACCUACAGUUCUUUUCUUUAUC